AUGACCACUGCUGCCCUCAGAAUAACUGAGGCUAUAUGUAGCCUCAGUUAAUCCUUAAGUCCAGCGCUGCCGUCCGUCAGUGAAAGUCCUGCACUGAGACUGAGAGGAGCUUCAUGUCCAGACAACAUUCAGAUUUACCACCACAGCCCUGAACACAGGACAUGUCCACUGGCAGGAUGAUGCGUCCUCUAGCCCUUCAGCAAAACAUCUCUGGGAUGCUGAGCUGUGAGUGAGUCAGAGUUAACCACCAUGAGCGCUGACACCAUGAGCGCUGACACCAUGAGCAGGCCAGAGCUGGAAUCGGAGAACAACGGCGAGCUUGCCGAAUUGGUGGCAGCCAUGAACGUGGCCGCCAACCGUUUAACCCCUCCUAAUGGCUACAGGUCGGGUGGUCCAAGGACCACCAACACCAACCGAGUUCGCCUCUCAGACAGGAAACUGUCUCUGCAGGAGAGAGGGAGCCGCAUGGCCCGACAGCCAACCGUUGAGACCAAACGCGUGUCAAUCACUGGCGUUGAUGACUGUAUCCACCUCAACCAGUAUAAACUAAAGGAAGAGAUUGGAAAGGGUUCAUAUGGAGUAGUGAAAUUGGCUUAUAAUGAAGAUUCAGAAGAGCACUAUGCAAUGAAAGUAGUUUCAAAGAAGAAGCUGAUGAGGCAGUGUGGAUUUUUGCGCCGCCUGCCAACCUCAGGGUCAAAGUCACAGCAGGAUCCGUUCCCUAAAGCCGUGUUGCCUCUGGAGAGCGUGUACAAGGAGAUCGCCAUCCUGAAGAAACUGGACCAUCAUAAUAUUGUCAAACUGGUCGAGGUGCUGGAUGAUCCUGAUGAAGAUGGACUUCACAUGGCCUUCGAAUUGGUGACAAAAGGACCGGUGAUGGAGGUGCCUACUGAUAACCCUUUAACGGAGGAGCAGGCUCGCUUUUACUUCAGAGACGUCGUCCUUGGAAUAGAGUACUUACACUACCAAAGGAUUAUUCACAGGGACAUUAAACCAUCUAAUCUGUUGCUGGGAGAUGAUGGCCACGUCAAAAUAGCAGACUUUGGUGUGAGCAAAGAGUUUGAGGGGACAGACGCCCUUCUGUCAAGCACAGCGGGGACGCCGGCCUUCAUGGCUCCGGAGACGAUGACCGAACACGAGCAGAGCUUCAGUGGAAAAGCAUUAGACGUGUGGGCAAUGGGAGUCACACUGUACUGCUUCGUCUUUGGGAUGUGUCCUUUUUAUGAUGAAUACAUAGUUUCUCUACACAACAAGAUAAAGAACAAACCUGUGGAGUUUCCAGAGACGCCAUUAAUAAGUAAUGAACUGAAGGAGCUCAUUGAAAGGAUGCUGGAUAAAAACCCUGAAACAAGAAUCACCAUCCCAGAAAUUAAGCUCCAUCCGUGGGUGACAGAGAACGGUGCAAAUCCUCUCCCUCUGGAGGAGGAGCACUGCACGGUGGUGGAGGUCACUGAGGAGGAGGUGCAGAACAGCAUUAAACUCAUCCCCAGCCUCUCCACUGUGAUUCUUGUGAAGUCCAUGCUGAGGAAGCGGUCUUUCAGUAAUCCCUUUGAGUGUCAGGGCAGACGGGCGGAGAGGUCCAUGUCUGCCCCUGGAGGUCUUCUUACUGGUUCUUGGGGCUUACUGGGGUCUUCGUCUCACCUUCAUCCUUCCUUGAGGAAAGUCAGCAGAGAGGGAAGCAGAGAAGGAGAGUUGGAGGACUUGUAUGAAGAUGAAGCUUUUACAGAGAGUGCUGAUUAAUCUGGCUCAUGUGGAUUUAAAACACAGAAAGUAUGUUUUUGUACAUUUCUUUGUGUCUUUUUCUCUUAAUUCUUUUGUUUGUUGUUGCUUCUGACAUUAGAGGAGAAGAUUGUGGUCAUUUUGUGAUUUACUGAAUAUUCACGUAAAGAUUUGUAGUGCAUGAAAAUACAGAAAAAGAUGAUAUUAUCUUCCAUCCAGACUUAAAAAAGUAAAUAUACUCCAUGAAGAUGAAGAUAUUUUUACAUUUUCCUACAGCUGGUGAAGAUAACA